AGAACCCGGUCGUACUUGCGCUCGAUACUGACGUUCGUGAACCCUUCGGACGAAGACAUGACGCGCAUCAAUCUGCUCGCGACGUUCGUGUCGCUCUCUAUGUCACUCCGGGCCCUCGCCGCCAUUGGGCCCACCGCCACUUUGGACAUUGUCAAUGUCCAGAUGGCACCAGACGGUUUCAACGUAACCCGCGAUACGGUCGUGGCUGGCACCAAUGGCGUCGGGACCUUCCCUGGUCCGCUGAUCACUGGCAACAAAGGCAACAAUUUUCAGAUCAAUGUCAACAACCAGCUCUCGGAUGUGGCCAUGCUCAAGACAACUUCUAUUCAUUGGCACGGGUUGUUCCAGAAGGGCACCAACUGGGCCGAUGGCGUGGCGUUCGUCACUCAGUGCCCCAUCGCCAGCGGUAACUCAUUCCUGUACAACUUCGACGUGCCUGACCAGGCGGGUACCUUCUGGUAUCACUCCCAUCUGUCUACCCAAUACUGCGAUGGAUUACGCGGUGCACUGGUUGUUUAUGAUCCGAAUGACCCUCAUGCGAGCCUCUAUGAUGUUGACGAUGACACGACUGUGAUCACCCUCGCUGAUUGGUAUCAUGCACUCGCUCCCACGAUCGCCGUUGGUGUGGCGGACUCGACACUGAUCAACGGGUUGGGCCGAUACGGAGGAGCCGGUGGAUCUUCCUCCGACCUGGCGGUUGUCUCCGUCACGCAGGGCAAACGCUACCGUUUCCGCCUGGUCUCGAUCAGCUGUGAUCCAAGCUUCACGUUCCAGAUUGACGGGCACAACUUCACCAUCAUUGAAGCCGACGGCAUAAAUACGCAGCCGCUCGUCGUCGACCAGCUGCAGAUCUUCGCCGCCCAACGGUACUCGCUCGUCCUCUCCGCCGAUCAACCCGUGGACAACUACUGGAUCCGCGCGGACCCGAGCAACGGCCCGCCGACCGGGUUCGACGGCGGGAUCAACAGCGCCAUCUUGCGCUACGUCGGUGCCAACGAGACCGAGCCCACCACGCCUCAGGACACCGCGAAGGCGCCUCUCGUGGAGACCGACCUCGUGCCUCUGGACAAACCCGGUGUGACCGGCGACGCGUCGACCCACUGCGUCGACUGCGCAGACGUCAACAUCAACAUGAAGCUCGACUUCAACCUGAACAACGACUUUUUGUUCGACAUCAACGGCGUCAGCUUCGUCCCGCCGACGGUCCCCGUGCUGCUCCAGAUCCUGAGCGGUGCACAAGACGCGACGUCGCUCCUGCCCAACGGCAGCGUGUACUCCCUGCCCAAGAACAGCUCGAUCCAGAUCUCGCUUCCGGCCGGUACGACCGCCCCCGCCGCAGGCGGCCCGCACCCCUUCCACUUGCACGGCCACGCGUUCGACGUGAUCCGCGCCGCGGGUCAGUCCGACUACAACUUCGACACCCCGCCCCGGCGAGACGUCGUCAGCACGGGCACGACCGGGGACAACGUCACCAUCCGGUUCUUCACGGACAACUACGGCCCCUGGUUCCUCCACUGCCACAUCGACUGGCACCUCCAAGCCGGCUUCGCCGUCGUCUUUGCGGAGGACACGGGCGACGUCCCUGCGAACGUCGUGCCCCCCAGCGCUUGGGACGACCUAUGCCCGACUUACGACGCGCUCACCCCUGAUGAGCUCGGCGGUGAGACAUAAUAAUCGGUUUCGCGUUUUCACGUUCCUUUCCGCUCGUCGUUAUUAUAUAUAUAUAGGGUAUAUAUUAGGGGGACUUCGCGUUCGUCGACGCGUAACGGUGGGGGGAGGGCAGGAGUGGAUUAAUUUAUAUCCCGGUUUUUAUAGCCGUUUUCGUGCAUUCUCGGACUUUUUCGCUAUCGUAAUAACUUCGCGCGUUUAUUACUUCUCAUCAUCUACAGCGGACAUUCGCUCGGUCGGAUAAUAUUUGAAUCGA